UGAGCUUCCCUAUUUCGCGACCAACCCUGAUAAUGAUCGAUUUCGGCAAGGUUAUUAAGGCGAUCGCGUCUGGAAAAGGUUGUCAGUAUACAUUUGGAGACUGUGCGGCUGCCUGAAUUUGCUACCGGUACAGAGGUGAAAGAUGUUUGCGUACGUAACGAUUCUGGCUGCCGUGGUUGCCUUAGCCCAUGGACAGUGUACUGUCAAUAUCCGGACGCAACUGAACGCUCGGGAACCAUUGUUCCUGCGUAACAAUCAAUUGUGGGCCCCGAACGGACCUGCGCUACAGUGGAAUGCCGGAGAAACGACGCUUAUUGCCUGUCCAGGCAAUUCGAUCGAGAACACUGGCACUGUCACGGCCAACAUUCAGUGCGUGUCCGGAACGACGUUCAACCUUGGCGGAUCCAAUGUGAACCUUGCCGAUGUCUCGUGUGCUGCACGCUCGACGGGAUCCCUCCAGAAUACUGGUCAGGGUUGUGGUGGUAGCGGAACUCUGCUUAAUCUUGGAUUCGAUGUACCAAGCGUCGGGUUUGUGACGUACAUUCAGUCAUGCUACAACAUGCAGACUGCUUCCGUCAUUUACACCCGUCAUAUUAUCCCAGGAACUGCAAUUGACCAUAGCAUCAGCGAGUCUUACCGGCCAUCUUUCAAGACUGUCGGAACUGCAUCUCAUGUCCAGCCCGCUACGUCUUAUACCACCGCCCAGCAAGCGAUCCGAUUCGCCCAACUUCUAGGUUCCCAGGCCCAAGCGGAUCGUUUCAUUACCACCAGCUCGUACCUUUCCCGAGGACAUCUCUCACCGGAUGCGGACGGUAUCUUCCGUCCCUGGCAGUGGGCGACCUACUUCUACGUCAAUGUGGCCCCACAAUGGCAGGCAACGAAUGGUGGCAACUGGUUGGUGGUCGAGAAUGCAGCGCGCAACAUCGCUGGCCGUCUGAAUGAGGACGUUCUGAUCUUCAACGGUGCCCAUGACAUUCUGACACUUCCGCACGUAAAUGGCCAACAGGUGCCGAUCACGCUAGAAGCCGGCGGUAUCCAGACACCGAAAUGGUACUGGAAGAUUAUCAAAUCUCCGCGCACGAAUGCAGCCAUCGCCCUGAUUAACAACAACGACCCCUUCCGGACGAGUAUGCCAGCUGGUGAGCUGCUGUGCCAGGAUGUGUGUGCCCAGUACGGUUGGAGCAAUGCGAACUAUGGAAACUUUGCACGUGGCUACACGUACUGCUGUACGGUGGCGGAUCUGCGUCGUGCUAUUCCUAGCAUUCCGGCCGAAGCCGAUGCGGCAAAUGUGUUGCGUUUUUAAUAGAUACCCCCCGCAGAAAAAAGUACACGAAUAAAGAUUAAACAGCAAUUAAUCCUUCCGCUGUUGAUGAUGGAUGCAAUUUGGAAAGAAGCUUAUCAGUGUGAUAAGGAACUUAUGUACGAUAAGAAAAGGGGACAAAAUUUAAGCAAAAAGGAAGCCAACAACACGAGAACAAAGAUGGAGGCAAGAUGCAGGUACCAUUGAA